GUGUCCCCAGUGCCCGCCGCGGUCGCCGCAGCGCAGCCUCCCGCCGGUUGUAUGUUCGAGACCUCAAUGAGGAGCCCAAACAUGGAGCCAUUCAAGCAGCAGAAGGUGGAGGACUUUUAUGACAUCGGAGAGGAGCUGGGGAGUGGCCAGUUUGCCAUCGUGAAGAAGUGCCGGGAGAAGAGCACGGGGCUUGAGUAUGCAGCCAAGUUCAUCAAGAAGCGGCAGAGCCCGGCGAGCCGGCGCGGUGUAAGCCGGGAGGAGAUAGAGCGGGAGGUGAGCAUCCUGCGGCAGGUGCUGCACCACAACGUCAUCACCCUGCACGACGUCUACGAGAACCGCACCGACGUGGUGCUCAUCCUUGAGCUAGUGUCUGGAGGAGAGCUCUUCGAUUUCCUGGCCCAGAAGGAGUCACUGAGUGAGGAGGAGGCCACCAGCUUCAUUAAGCAGAUCCUGGAUGGGGUGAACUACCUUCACACAAAGAAAAUUGCUCACUUUGAUCUCAAGCCAGAAAACAUUAUGUUGUUAGACAAGAAUAUUCCUAUUCCACACAUCAAGCUGAUUGACUUUGGUCUGGCUCACGAAAUAGAAGAUGGAGUUGAAUUUAAGAACAUUUUUGGGACGCCGGAAUUUGUCGCUCCAGAAAUUGUGAACUACGAACCCCUGGGUCUGGAGGCUGACAUGUGGAGCAUAGGCGUCAUCACCUACAUCCUCCUAAGUGGAGCAUCCCCUUUCCUGGGAGACACGAAGCAGGAAACACUGGCAAAUAUCACGGCAGUGAGUUACGACUUUGAUGAGGAAUUCUUCAGCCAGACGAGCGAGCUGGCCAAGGACUUCAUUCGGAAGCUUCUGGUUAAAGAGACCCGGAAACGGCUCACAAUCCAAGAGGCUCUCAGACACCCCUGGAUCACGUCAAAAGGAGAAGUCAGAGCCCCCGAAGAGCGGAAGACAGAGCCCACCCAGCUGAAAACCAAGCGCCUGAGAGAGUACACUCUCAAAUGCCACUCAAGCAUGCCUCGCAACAACUCCUACGUCAACUUUGAACGUUUUGCCUGUGUGGUGGAAGAUGUGGCUCGGGUGGACCUGGGAUUCCAUGCCCUGGUGGAGGCCAACGAUACCAUCCAGGAUGAUGUGGAGGCCCUGGUCUCCAUCUUCAAUGAGAAGGAAGCUUGGUACCGAGAGGAGAACGAGAGCACCCGGCACGACCUGUCCCAGCUCAGCCGGUGGACAACCAGCAAGCCAUGGUGCGCAGGGAGUCUGUGGUCAAUCUGGAGAAUUUCAAGAAGCAGUAUGUCCGCAGGCGGUGGAAGCUCUCCUUCAGCAUCGUGUCCCUGUGCAACCACCUCACCCGCUCGCUGAUGAAGAAGGUGCACCUGAGGCCAGAUGAGGACCUGAGGAACUGUGAGAGUGACACUGAGGAGGACAUCGCCAGGAGGAAAGCCCUCCACCCGCGGAGGAGGAGCAGCACCUCCUAACUGGCCUGGCCUGCAGUGGCUGCCAGGGAAGUCUGGGCCCAGCGGCGCUCCCUUCUGUGCAGACUCUUGGACCUAGCUCAGCACCAGCACCCGGGUGUCCUGAGCACUUCGCAAGAGAGGUGGGCCCACAGAAUUCAGAAGAGCUUGCAGGCAAGCCAGGAGACCCUGGGAGCUGUGGCUGUCUCCUGUGGAGGAGGCUCCGACUUUCCCAAAGCUCUUAAUUCUCCAUAAAAUGGGCUUUCCUCUGUCUGCCAUCCUCAGAGCCUGGGGUAGGGGUGUGGACUUAGGAAAACAAUAUAAAGGACAUCCUCAUCAUCACGCGGUGAAGGUCAGACUCAGGCAGCCUUCCUCACAGGCUGAGGGGGUUCAGAACCAGCCUGGCCAAAAAUUACACCAGGAAGACACAGUCCUCCCCACUGGGAACAGGGUGAUUGAGGAAAGUGAACCUUGGGUGUGAGGGACCAAUCCUGUGACCUCCCAGAACCACGGAAGCCAGGACGUCAGGCUGACCAACACCUCAGACCUUCUGAAGCAGCCCAUUGCUGGCCCGCCAUGUUGUAAUUUUGCUCAUUUUUAUUAAACUUCUGGUUUACCUGAUGCUCGGCUUCUUUUAGGGCUACUCCCAUCUGAUUUCCUUUAGCCCGUGUGCCUGUGACUCUGGGGGGGUACCCAGUGGGGUGCUGAGUGGACAGAAUCUCAGAAGGUCCUCCUGAACUGUCCCCGCAGGCCUGCAGUGGGCCUGCCUCCUCCUUGCUUCCCUAACAGGAAGGUGUCCAGUUCAAGAGAAUCCACCCAGAGACUGGGAGUGGUGGCUCAUGCCUGUCAUCCCUGCGCUUUGGCAGUCCGAGGCAGGGGAAUUGCUUGAGCUCAGGAGUUGGAGACCACCCUGGGCAACAUGGCAAAACCCAGUCUCUACAAAAAAUACAAAAAAUUAGCCAGGUGUAGUGGUAGCACCUGGCAUCCCAGCUACUCCAGGGGCUGAGGCAAGAGCAUUGCUUAAGCCCAGAAGGUCGAGGCUGCAGUGAGCUGAGAUCACACCCCUGCACUCCAGCCUGGGUGACAGAGAGAGACCAUAUCCAAAAAAAAUUUAAAAAAGGGUUGCCAGAGACGAGCAUGCCCAUGCUCCCUCUACCUCACUGCCACCACUCCUGCUGUUAGGGGCUGAGUGUGUCUCCCUAAAAUUCCUAUGUUGAAGUCUUAACCCUCGGUACCACAGAGUAUCACUGUAUUUGGAGAUGGGGUCUUUAGAAAGGCACUUAAAUUAAAAUGAGCUCACUGGUGUGGGCCCCAAUGCAAUAUAGUUGGUGUCCUUAUAAGAAGGGGAGGUUAGGACACGCAGGAAAGGCCACACGAAGGCCCAGGAGUGGGAGGGGGAAUAGCCAUCAACAAACUAAGGAGGGGGGCUCAGAGGAAACCAACCCUGCUGACACCUCAGUCUUAGACUCUGGCCUCAAACAUUGUAAAAAAAUAAACUUCUGUCUUUUAAGCUA